GGGAAUAAACAAGCAACAUCGCCGCACCAUUUCCACUCGGCGCUGUUUUUUACAGCAUCGAGCGUUGCGAAGUUGCCUAACGUCUCUUUGAGCUGCUUUACGGCAUAACGUUCACCACGAUUUCCGGCCCAACCUGCACUUGUGUUUACACCUAAUUAGCUAUUCAGCUAGCGCCAAACAUCACACACGAUGCCCAGGCCAAACUAAGUCGACCACCCCGCCCAAGUGUAACUUUCCCCCCAGUGCUUGAGACUGUUUUCUCCGUGACCCCACGGCGCCGUCAUGUCGAGCGGCACGGCUCUUCACAGCCAGAUCGGCUCCAUCAUCACCGCCCUGUGCAACGCCGCCGCGGCGCAGAUCACCAAAGUGGUGGAGGACGGCAUGGUGGUGUUGCGCUUGGAGGUGACCCAGCGGGAACACGAGAUUCGGCGGCUGAGAAGCAGCGUGGAGGUGCUGCACGGCGAGCUGAGAGCCGCCCAUCGCAUGGCGGACAACUUGCGGGGAGCGCAGCAGCAGCUCGCACCCCGGUUGGAGUGCGCUCCACUCGGUGCAGCUUCGUUGGAUGAUGGCAGUGUCGCCAAAGCUGAGAAGCCCGAAAAGCUCCAAAGCGACUUUCCCGAUGUCGUUGUGAAGCAGGAACCCGUGGAACCGGCCGAUUGCGAUCAACCCGGUCCGCCGACGGAAAGACCGCGGGAAAACCUGGGUGAAACUUUGGCGGACGAGCGGCAGACAGGAACUGCCGGCCGCGGGGCGCACCGCCACUUGUAUAGCAACAUACGGCGGCGAAUGGUCAACCGGCUGCUGUUCAAGCGGGGUUUGUCCUGCCCCUUCUGCGGCAAAUAUUUUGAGCAUUCCGGGAACCUGGAGCGGCACAAGAGGAUCCACACGGGGGAAAAACCGUACCGCUGCGACGUUUGCGGGCGACGCUUCAACCAGAAGGGCAGCCUCAAGGAGCACACCAAGAUCCACCAGAGAUCUCUUCAGUUGGCGCCAGCUGACAUCCAACACACCCCGGCGCAGCACUCGAGCCCCGACACCCAUCAUCCAGCAGAGGGCAACAUCACGUCGGCGUCCGAGGGGGUCUUCGCCGACCGUCCGGAAUCGUCUCAUAUUGCAGCGGUCAAAUCGGAGCCCAUGGAGGAGAGCGUGACGCAGCCUGAAGGGGAAGCGGCGGACAAGCAAAAGUCAUCAUCUUUAUGUGACGGGACAAACGAUCGGUCGCCGCAGAACGGCGGAGAGGUCCCGGCGGGUGCUCUGCUCAUUGCGGCUCACGCCGAGACCUCUUGCCGUACGUUUGUCUUUCCCGGAAAACCUUAUGGCGAAAACAACAACAACCUCGUGAUGUCAUCGCAGCUGCCAUACCCCCGGUCCGCCACCGGUCCGCCAUGGGAGCCGUCCGACCACGACCAAAACGGCACCGGCUCCUUUUACCGGGAGUUCCGGCCCAAGAAAUGCUUCUACUGCUCGUACUGCGGUAAGAUGUUUGUGCGUGCCGGACACCUGGAGCGACACCUGCGCAUCCACACGGGCGAAAAGCCCUACGGGUGCCACAUUUGCGGACGAUGCUUCAACCAGAAGUCCAGCCUCAAGUGCCACAUGAAGACGCACAGGAACGACACCAACAAGGAAGCACAGGGGCCGCAUCCCCUCACGCAGCCCAUGCCCGACACUCGCCCGCAGAAGCCGACCCCCGAUCCCUUGCUCGGGUUGGAAACCCUGACCGACCCGGUGAGCAGGUGCCAGUACGGUGAGGUGGGCGAAAGCGACGCCUAUUUAGACACCGGCAAGUGGCGCCAUUAUGCCACCAAUGGCGAGAUGGAUAUGCUGGAUCCGUUCUCGCAAGGGGGGAUGGUGGCGGCACACGAGGACGGGACCGUAGCAGACUUCGGUCCGCCGUCCUCCAACUCGGCUCGAAACUGCUACAUCUGCUCGGCGUGCGGGCAGAGUUUCGACUCGUUUGUUCUUUUCGAGAGGCACCGGUGCAAAAGCGACGCGGUGUUCAAGUGCGACGUCUGCGGUCAGAGCUUCGACCACGCCGACAAACUGCAAGUGCACGUCAAAGUCCACCGGUAGAAAGAAUGUUGACCAAGCUCUUGUGUGUCUUUGAUCUCAUCUCGU